UAUUGUUGCUCCAUUUGCUUGCUCUUCCGCCACUGGCCCUUCGUUUCUCCUCCAAAUUGCCGAACUCGACCGAAGCUAACCAGGGGAGACAGAGAGAGAGACAGAGAGAGAGAGACAGAGUUGGAGGUCUAGGGCUACACACUUGUUCCGGUAUAGAGUUAUCGAUUGUGGCUGCUGGAGAAGAAGAUGAGCGUGAAUCCGGUGCAGGCGAGUUCUCAUGGGAACCUGGACGAGCAAAUUACGCAGCUUAUGCAGUGCAAGCCGCUUACGGAACAAGAGGUGAGAGUCCUAUGUGACAAAGCAAAGGAGAUUUUAAUGGAAGAAAGCAAUGUGCAGCCUGUGAAAAGCCCUGUGACAAUUUGUGGUGACAUUCAUGGACAGUUUCAUGAUCUAGCGGAAUUGUUUCGUAUUGGUGGAAAGUGCCCAGAUACCAAUUACUUGUUCAUGGGUGAUUAUGUUGAUCGUGGGUAUUAUUCUGUUGAAACUGUCACGCUUCUAGUGGCUCUCAAGGUGCGUUACUCUCAGAGAAUCACAAUCCUCAGGGGCAAUCAUGAAAGUCGGCAGAUCACUCAAGUUUAUGGAUUCUAUGAUGAAUGCUUAAGAAAGUAUGGAAAUGCAAAUGUAUGGAAGAUAUUUACAGAUCUCUUCGAUUAUUUCCCCUUGACUGCAUUGGUCGAGUCAGAAAUAUUUUGUUUGCAUGGUGGGUUAUCCCCAUCUAUCGAGACUCUCGAUAACAUCCGUAAUUUUGAUCGAGUUCAAGAGGUUCCUCACGAGGGGCCAAUGUGUGAUCUCCUAUGGUCUGACCCUGAUGAUCGAUGUGGUUGGGGCAUCUCUCCUAGAGGUGCUGGAUAUACAUUUGGCCAGGAUAUAUCCGAGCAAUUCAACCAUACGAACAACCUUAAGCUGAUUGCUAGAGCUCAUCAACUGGUCAUGGAUGGAUAUAACUGGGGCCAUGACCAAAAGGUUGUAACCAUUUUUAGCGCGCCUAAUUAUUGCUACCGCUGUGGGAACAUGGCAUCCAUAUUGGAAGUUGAUGAUUGCAAGGGUCACACGUUUAUUCAGUUCGAUCCAGCGCCCAGGAGAGGCGAACCCGAUGUAACUCGCAGAACGCCCGAUUAUUUCUUAUAAACCCAUCCUCCUGAUUGAACACACCAUUGAUUUCUGUCUCCAAUCAUUAUUUCAAGCUGCUUAACGGUUUGGUUGGUUUAGAACGCAGAGAAAAUUAUGUGGAGGGGAGUACCAUGUAAUUAAUUAGCUUCAUUUUGUGUUUUCGAAGGCAGCAGAGUGCUGCGGUAUUUCCGGCUGCAGCGGCAUGUAUUUUCAUUAUUGGAAGGGAGUUGUAUACUCUGUGGUUUAGCUCUCUCAUUUGUUUUGAUUUUUACUCUAAUUAUAUUUGUUUCUUUUUA